ACCACGUGACUAUUUGUCGACGUCACGGCUUCAACGAUACUAAAAACCAAAUAGAAGUAGUUAUAACCGCAGCAUAUGACAAUACUUCAACGACGCGAUUGUUGUAGUUUGUCAGGGAAAACCUGUCGUUUUUUUAAAACUUUUGCCACCUGUGGGCCGGGACCACGUGACCCAACGCGGAACCGGAAGCGCUCAGCUCACCGACAGCCAGCCGAAACCGCGCCACAGAUCCUCUACGCGGAUGAAGACCCACGCCCCGUGAGCUGCCGUUAAACCACGGCUGUCAAAAACACUCGGUCACACCGGCAUUUCAAUCAGACAUUGAAAUUGCCACAUUUUGUAUUCCCGAAAACCUUUCGCCCGCACUCAAGCACUUCUCGGACCCGGUUGACUCGACCAAUGCGAGUGAGCCCUCUUUCUCGCGGAGAGCAUCUCUCCUCCCAAACGCGAGCCGAGCUAGCGGCUCCACGGCUAGCAGCUAGCAGGCUAGCGGCUAGCGAGUGUCGCUAUGAUGGCGGAGCUGGUGCAGCAGGGAGGCGGCGGCGGCGGCGGCGGCGGAGGAGGAGGACAGGCCUCGGUCGGCGGCCAGGCGAGCCUCAAGUCGGACGGCCUGGCCGACGCCUUGCAGCGGGCCCGCCAGAUGGUGGGCAAGAUGGGGAGCGGCGAGGCCCUGGCGCACAUCAACAGCUCUGCGGCCGGCGUGGAGCAGUCGCUCUACUACAAGCGAGCGCCCGACGACACGGGCAUUCCACUGUCAGCUGUGGGACACCAAAGGGUGCUGACGGAGGACUACAAGGUCCCCGACAGGAUGGUGGGCUUCAUCAUCGGCCGAGGCGGCGAGCAGAUAACCAGGAUCCAGUUGGAGUCUGGAUGCAAGAUCCAGAUCGCCGCCGAUAGCGGCGGUCUGAUGGAGCGACCGUGUUCCCUGACUGGAACUCCAGAGUGCAUCGAGCAGGCCAAGCGUCUCCUCGUCCAGAUCGUGGACCGCUGCAGGAACGGUCCCGGUUUCCACGGGGACGGGGAGGGCGGGGCCCUGGUGCAGGAGAUGCUGAUCCCGGCCAGCAAGGUGGGGCUGGUGAUUGGCCGAGGAGGCGAGACCAUCAAACAGCUGCAGGAGCGUGCGGGCGUGAAGAUGAUGAUGAUACAGGACGGUCCCAUGCCCACCGGAGCGGACAAGCCCCUGCGCAUCUCUGGAGACCCGUACAAAGUUCAGGCGGCGAAGGAGCUGGUUCUGGAGGUGAUCCGGGAAAAGGACGCCGACUUCCGGUCGGGACGCAGCGACUUCUCGGCCCGCCUGGGGGGAACCAGCCUGGACGUUCCGGUUCCGAGGUUUGCGGUCGGCAUCGUCAUCGGCCGCAACGGAGAAAUGAUCAAGAAGAUCCAGAAUGACGCCGGCGUGAGAAUCCAGUUCAAAACGGAUGACGGCAUCAGUCCGGAGCGGGUCGCCAUGGUGAUGGGCCAGCUGGAACGCUGUCAGCACGCUUUGCACCUCAUCAACGAACUCAUCCAGACCGCACAGGAGCGCGACGGCUUCAGCUCAGUGCUGAGGGGCAACCGGGUGAGAGGACGCGGUGGGGAUUGGACCAUGGGUUCCCCCAGCCCCCUGCAGGAGGUCACCUACACCAUCCCCGCAGACAAGUGCGGCCUGGUCAUCGGCAAAGGCGGCGAAACCAUCAAGAGCAUCAACCAGCAGUCGGGCGCCCACGUGGAACUCCAGAGGAACCCGCCGCCCUCCACCGACCCCAACACGCGCGUCUUCACCAUCAGGGGGUCCGCGCAACAGAUGGAGCACGCCCGCCAGCUCAUCGACGACAAGAUCGGGGGUUCGGGCAUCAUGAGUAACGGCGGAUUCGGCUUCAGUCCCUUCACUCAAGGCCCCGCCCACCAGAACUGUGGCGGCGCUCAGACCUUCUUGACGGGCGUGUGGGGGAACACCUACCAGACCAGCUGGCAGAACGCCGCCCAGCAGGACCCUGGUCAGCAGAGUCAACCUGCAAGUGUGAUGAGCGACUACAGCAAAGCGUGGGAGGACUACUACAAAAAACAAAGUCAGUCGUCCCAGCAGAGUUCGCUGCCCGACUACACGGCGGCGCUGGCCGAGUAUUACCGCCAGCAGCCGUACCUGUGGAACCCCGCCCAGAUCCAGGAUCACUAAGAGGCUCCUCCCACCCUUGGACGCCGCACCGCCUCCCUUCCUUUUGUAGAGAAAAUUAACGGAAACAGGAAGUGCUCUUCUUCUGGUUUUAACCUCCAAAGUGUUGGACUUCCUGCUUUGUUUUUUUACGGGGGGGAGGACACUUGAACAAAGUUCACUUCGCCUCCUUUUGUCUUUUUCUUCUUUUUUUCACCACGUGAUGCCUAGCAGUCUUGAGCAAGAUGGUGGCGAUUGUUCUUGUUUUUAAGCAUGUCGCAGGUUGUUUAGCUUUUUUUUUGUUGUUGUUUUUUGUUUUUAAUUUACCAUGUAGAUGUUAUGUUGGCGUCGGACAGAAUUGUGACGCUUUGCCUUGACUGGCGUCUUUUUGUACGAAACUGUCAAUGAUUUUCUUUGUCCGGUCACCGUUUCGAAGGUGCUUGUCAGAAAGCACUCAAUUCCUGUUUUUCUCUCAGUUCUGCGUUCGAAUCUUAAAUUUUGUCCUCUCUGUGGUCAAACAUCAGGCGAUGAUGUAGUGCAAGUGGCAAGCUAGCACGGUAGCACUUGACGUUUUGGUUAGCGCCCGGCAUCUGACGUGCUAUCGAUCUGUCGCAUCUUUUUUUUUUUUUUUUUUUGUCUGUCAAGUUUGAUUCUGGGUUAGCUUUAGCCACCUAGCCUGAGUGAAGGCAAUGCGCUGUCAUGCCGCUAGCAUAGCGCUGCGCACGGUUCGGGCCACAGAGACGUUUGACCUUGAAGGAUGUCUUUUUGUACGAAACUGUCAAUCAUUUUCCUUCUCUGGUCACUAUUAUGAAUGUGCUAGUGAUAACGACAAUGUCCAGAUGAGUUUAUUUUUGGUUUGAUGUUAGUUCUUCAACUUUUUCUUUUGGGAGUUUUUACUGCGUCAUAUGAUCAUGUACUUGUGCGCUCUGUGGUCCGAACGCCAUGCGACGUGGAGACAAGCUAGCACAUUAGCACUGGAUCUGAUGUUAGCAGCUAAAGUGCGAGCAGUUUGUCACAUUUUUUGAGUUUGCAUGAAAUCACAAAUGUUGAUUAAAAUGAAUUCACUUCCACACUUUUUUUUUUUUUUUUUUUUUUUCGCAACCUUCGGCGUUGUCACUUAGCCAUAGCGGACGGCACAUGCUAGCGUAGCGCAGCGCACGUGUUGGACCACAGAGACGAUUUGUCAGGCUGCUCUUGUUCAUAGUUGUUGAAGAUGAUGAUGAUGAUGAUGAGUUGGGUUCAGGUGUCUAUUUAAAUGAAUUUAUGAAUGUUCAGUUUGUUCAUGAGCUAAUGUACAUGUCGUCACUUCCAAAUGAAUUGUAUUUUUAAGUUUUCACCCACAAGGAGAAGCUCUUCUCAAGACUGCUACGCUAAAUGCUAACGCUGACCUCUCCCGGCCUCGCCGGCUAUAGAGCGGCUCGAUAGCCUCGUUAGCACGGGCGGCGACUCCGAGGCCAGGAGACGGAUGGACUUGGGGGGGGGGGGGGCAGGUGAUGUCCCCCGGGGGUUUCGGAGGUGGGCCCAGAACCGCCCCGUUUUAGUUCUUCCCAGCUACGCCACUUUUGUUUUGUUUUCUGUGGUUUUUCUAACGGACAUUUGUCCAAAUGUAACCUUUGGACUUUUCUAGUAGAUUCUAUGGACUGAUGGACGAGGAAGACGAAGGUGAUGAUGAUGAUGAUGGUGAUGUAACCAUGAGGGCUAAUAAAAAAGGCUCCUUUCUGA